UGCGGUCGUCGAUGCUGGUCCUCACCAUGCUCCUCAUGCUCUCCUUGGUCAUGAUCCUCCUUCCCCUUGUGGUUGCCUCCAUGCCCAGCGGCUCUAGCAAUGUCCUGGAGGCACACGAUCUAACCUCGAUCACCCAGGAGACUACCGGUGAUGGAGGGAGACGGGAGCAACAGUGGGUGGAAGCCAUCUCGUGGGAGCCUCGAGCGUUCAUGUAUCACAACUUCUUGAAGGAAGAAUGUGAAUAUCUAAUCAAACUCGGGGCACCACACAUGCAAAAGUCGACAGCAGUCGACAGCAGUACUGGCAAGAUUCAAUAUAGCAGGUGCGCACAGGAUCUGUUGCUUUUCCUGGUGAGAGGGCGUGAUAAAAUAAUUUGGGACACCGAGAAGAGGAUUGCAGAUUUUUCCUUUACUCACACGGAACAUCGAGAAGGACUACAGGUUUUCCAUUAUGAAGUCGGUCAGAAGUACGAGCCUCAUUUCGACUACUUUCUGGAUGAGUAUAACACUAGGAACGGUGGUCAGCGCAUGGCUACGAUUAUCAUGUACUUGUCAGAUGUUUAG